CAUACAUAUUGUAAAAAUAAAAUAGUAAAAUUAAUAAAUAAUAAAUUUGUAUAGUACAAUAAAAGAAAUAUAAUAAAUAAUGAAAUUAUUAUUAAUUGGUUUAAUUUUAACUCUAAUAAACUUUGCAAAUGGUCAACCCAAAAUCAAUGCCAUUACCCAACCACAAUACGGAGCAUCAUCAAUAAUUACCUUUGAUGGUGAUAAUUUUCUUACAAUAUCGAGUAUUAAAAUAGGUACUUCGGUUUGCAAAUUAGUUUCCCAAACUGCUACCCAAGCCUUAUGUGGUCCUUUCAGUGAUAAACUUACACCUGCCACAUCUAAAUUUAUAGCAACCCUUACAUUUACUACUACCGCCACUGUAACUGGAGAUUUCAAAUAUGCUACUCCACAAAUUCAAUUAUAUGGUAUAGAUUAUGAAAAUCAUUAUUUCUGGUUUUAUGGAACCAAUCUUGCCCCAUCAAGUAACUACAAACUUGCAGUUACCGAUACCUCCACUAUUAAUUUAACCCCAACUCCCGAUAGCUCUGCAUCCCAAAUGAACUUUCUUUUACCAAUCUCAUUAACAGGAGGACCAUGUACUUUUACAGUUUCUGACACUCUUGGCUUUACUUAUAAAACUCCAUUAGAUACAAUUGUAGUUUCCCCAACCAUUCAAUCCAUCUCCCCAUCCGUUUGGAAUGCAACUCAAUCCCAAGUAAUUACAAUAACCGGCAUAUUUUUUGGUAAUACUGUAAAUGUUAAAGUCGGUGGUAAUACUAUUUCCAAUUUAGCUGUCACAUCCGCUGGUGCUGUUUUUUUUGAUUCCCCAACCGGUUUUAUUUCAAUAAAAAAUGUUACUAUUGAAACCUCCAAGCAAUCCGUAGGUACACUAUCAAAUGCAUUUACCUAUAACCCCCCAACCAUUUCAGAUAUUACCCAAGUAAACGAAGCUCUCGAAAUAACUGCAUAUGACAUUGGCACAGAUUCAAAAUAUAUUCAAAUUUACAUCAACGGAAACUCUACCGAUUUUAUCCUAUCAAAUAAUGUAAUUAAAGUAACUGUUCCACCAUCCAUUAACACCGGCGAAACCAAUAUUACUGUAAUAUCCGAUACCCAAAGUGUUUCAUCAUUGUUUUUAGUUAAACCCUUACUUACCAAUAUCUCGGCUAUACCAAGUAUUGGUGGUUUUGUAACAAUAGAAGGUGCUUUCUUAAAUGACUGCUAUUUCCAAAUUUUUUAUAAUGAAAGCACUCUUGCAAAAGAUUUAAGAGACAAAGAUGGUAAUAAUCUCUGCGACCGUUCAAAGAAAGGUGAUGUUGUAGUUUGUCCAACCCCAGUAAUGCCAGCCAAUACCACUUUUACUAUUAAAGCUAUAAGAUAUACCGAUAAUCAAAAUACCACUAGCGUACAAAAGAUUGCAGAAAUUGAAGGCUCAGUUUAUUUCGUUGAAACACCUUCACCAUCCCAAACACCAUCACCAACCAUUUCACAAACACCAUCACCAUCACAAACACCACACUCCAAUUCAACAGAUUCCUCCCACGAUGAAGAUACACCAUCCAAUUCAAAUCAAUUAUUACCAAUUUAUAAAUUUAUUUUAUUAUCUUUUUUAUUAUCUUUUUUAUUAUAUUAAUAACCUAAAUAAACAAACUAUAAUAUGAUGUAUUUUUAAAAUUAUUUAAUU